AUGUCGUCGCCGGUUCAGGAUCAGAGAAUCGCUGACAGAGGGCCCCAAUUGACCGCCAUCCUAUGGGUUCUCACGGGCGCCUCAACCCUAACGGUCGUCUUCAGAUUCAUUGCCCGGGCACAGAAGGCUGGAAUCGGCUGGGAUGACAUCUUCAUGCUAGUUGCCUUGUUGUGUCUCUAUGGAUGGUCCAUCUGCCUUACCAUUCUCUGCGCCAACGGCGGCGAGAGACACAUCCAGGAUGUCGUCGCUCUGGGUCCGGAUGUCGUUGCGCGGGUCCAGCUGCUGAACUGGACGUCCCAGGUGUUUGGCAUCUUCGGCGUGGGUGCUGGCAAAGUGUCCGUGUCGGCCCUGUUGCUGGCCAUUCUGCGAAACACCUGGCGAGACUGGCAGGUCCUCUACCUGUGGGUUGUGUGCAUCACGCUGGAGGUCUGCGUCAGCACGGCGUGCUCGAUUCUUACGUUCGCCCAGUGCAGGCCGGCGGCGGCCCUCUGGGAUGCUCGGAUCCAGGGCAAGUGCAUCAACCCUAAGAUCAUGGCGGAUUUUGGCACCUUCACUGGAGCGUGGAACACGUUUGUCGACGCCAGUCUGGCUCUUAUCCCUUCUACGAUCUUCUGGAGGCUGCAGAUGAGCACGCAGGAAAAGGCUCAGCUGUCGAUCGUCUUUGCUAUAAACAUUUUAACAUCAAUCUGCUCGGGCAUAAAGACCUCCUAUCUCAGCCAGCUGGCCAACCGGAAAGACUUCACCUGGGCGACGUACGACAUCUUCGUCUGGGUCACGGCCGAGUUCUUCCUCGUCAUCUUCUGCGGCACGCUGCCCACGCUCAAGCCGAUUCUCAACUUCAUCCGCCGCUACAUUCUCCGUGUUCCGACUAGCAGGAAGGUCUCCAGCCGAUCGUACCAGCGCCACACGGGUGAUGAGUCGACGCCGCAGGAGGAAACCGCGCUGCGGCUCAGUCCCAUGCGGCCUGACGGGACGAGCAGUCACACGGUGGUCUCCACGUUCGAGGAGGACUAUCACCAGGCCGGAUUGAAAGAUGAUCGUAACAACCAUAUUACGGUCGAGCGGACGUACGAGGUGCAUAGUCAGGUGCCGUAG